AUGGAGGUGAAGUUAUGGAACGACAAGCGGGAAAGAGAGAUGUACAAGAACUUCGCAGAGCUCUUUGCAAUCAUCAAAGCAACAGAGAAGCUCGAGAAAGCUUACAUCAGAGACCUAAUCACUCCUUCAGACUACGAAUCUGAAUGCAACAAACUCAUUCUCCACUUCAAGACCCUCAAAGACACUGUCCCAAGCAUCCAAAGAUUCUCAGACACAUACAAACUGGACUGUCCAUCCGCUCUGUACCGCCUCGUGACAUCAGAUGUUCCCGCUACGGUGGAACACCGAGCCACCGUGGCAGCAUCUACCUCCAACUCUAUCUGA